AAAUAAAAAAAAUAUAUAAUUUAAGGGUAUAUAAAAAGCGCACAUCAGCUAGGGAAAGCACAGUAGUAUGAAUUGAAAUCAGCGGCUAACCAAGUGGCAACCACAAUGCCGAGCAGGCGAACACAUGUGCGCGUGUGUGUGUGAUGGACUGUAGUUGGCUUUCUUGUUGUGUGUCCUUCGUUUUGGGCUUUAGUGUGCGACUAGCGACUAGCGUCUGUAGGCUGGUGGUUGGAGAUUGGCGGAGGUGGGUCGCUAGCUGCCGCUGAGUGACAACUCAAUAAGUAUGCAAGGCAUGCACAGCGCGCGUUUGUUCUGCGAGUAAAAUGCGUAGGGCAACAAUGAUAUUUGUCAACGCUUGGUUACAUAUUUGCUUUCUGAGGUUUCUCUUUGUCUCAUAUCAUAAUGAUUAUUGCGUUUAAGAGCUUUUUUGUUUUGUGAAAGUGCGCUUUUGUUUUUAUUGUUGUUGCUUAAAGCAUUUCUCUGUAUUUGAACUUUUGAACUGGAGUGUUUAACAACAAAAACAUUCAUUCAGUACAUAUUACCACACGAUAUCUAGGGUGACUCAGGUAAACCGCAAAAUCUUCUUCAAAGUCACAUUUAAAUGCGUCUAAUAGCAGACUCAAACUCAACAACACAAACAAUGCAAUACUUCGCCCUUCACACGGAAAUUCUUGUGACCCCACUGAGACUAGAGUAUGCUCUAAAAGUGGUAGUGUGAAGAGCAGUAGAAUAUGAAGCGAUUCUGUACGGCGAAUAUUCUCAUAGCACACUCCCACCACCAAAUGAAACCGAGCAGGCCAACGAAGAAAGCCAAUAGCAGUCAACACCUGCCUUCAUGUCCAUUACUCGAAGUUGAUAUGUAGUUCCUGUAAAGUUGCCUAUGGAAAAACUGUAAUGCACUGUUUUCAUUUGAGCAUCAGCCCAUUCGACACAUGCAUCCACAGACAGAAUCUGUGCACUGAGAAAAUAUAGGUAUGCUUAGCCAAAUGCAGAACCGUGCUUCCAACUACAUGCGUAUAAGCCAGUCUUACUUCUGUCUGCUUUUUACUUCCACCAUUCUGCACAAUUUCAUUGCGCAUAUGUGUGUUUUGCAUAGAUAUGUUAUGCGUUUGGCGGUUUUUUGCCUGCAUUUUUCUAUCAUCUCUCCUUUAUUCUGACUUAAUUCUCCCAUUUUUAUUUGCUCUAGGCUUCCAUUUCUUGUUUGCUUUCUUUCGAUUUUUCGUUCACUUUAAUUUGGUUUCAUCUAGAGCUCGCUUUCGAAUUGAGUGAAUGAGUUGUGGUUAUUAGCACUCAUACAAAGCUUUAGAGAAACUGGUGAGCACAAUUUUCGUUUUAAGUGAUUAAAUUACUUCCUCUGAUUUGCAGUUAAAUUCUGUUAUCUGAAGUUAAAAUUACAAUAUAUAAUUUACAUUAUAGUACUUUUGACUCUUAAGCAGAGAAAUUUAGUUGUAAGAGUGAGAAAAAGGGGGAGUUUAAAACUUUAAAGUAUGUACAUCGAAGAGAAAUUUGUAUAUAAAUAAACCAGUUACACGCUAAUUUCGAAGCCAUUAUUAUAUCUACAAGUUCACAGGCGUCCAUAGAAGCAUAGCUAAGCCUCCGCUUUGUUAUAUAAUGCAGCAGGAGUUUCUUGGGUACAUUUAGAGUUGGGAAGCACGGGGUUACAUUUUAAAUGAGGUCUUCAAGUGUUUUUCGCACAUUAAACCGUGUUAGUCCAUUCAAAUAUCUUCGCUGGAGGGCUCACUACUCGUACGUAGCAAUCAACGCCACUUUACAACAAAAUAUUUCCUAUACUUGUAAACAUACCUCAUAACAUUACUUAAUGCACACUUGAGUCUUAUCGAAACCAAUAUACAAGUAUAAUAUGUUUACUUAACAAAUGUAAGUAAGGUGCUCGGAACAUAUUAGAUAAAUAACACGCAGAACCUAUAAAAGCCACGUCUGUAUGUCAACUGCUGCAGUAUGAUGUAAACUCAAACAUGAAAUCAAUAAAAUUUGCUCGGUAUUUCGUAGCGUUCAUAAUAUUGUCGGUGCUUUCCGCGCAUAGCGGUUGCCUGGCUUGCACGCUCUCAAACCGUGCACAGGCGGAGCAGAAAGACUGGUGGCAAACUGCACAGUUCUAUCAGAUUUAUCCACGCUCUUUCCAGGAUUCCGACGGCGAUGGUAUUGGUGAUUUGAAGGGAAUUACGUCGCGCUUGGAGUAUCUCAAGGAUAUUGGCGUAACGGCGGCUUGGCUGUCGCCAAUUUUUAAAUCUCCGAUGGUGGACUUUGGCUAUGACAUUGCAGACUUCUACGAAAUUCAACCGGAAUACGGCACAAUGGAUGAUUUUCACGAGUUGAUUGCAAAGGCGAACGCAAUGGGUCUAAAAAUUAUUUUGGAUUUUGUACCAAAUCAUUCUAGUGAUGAGUGUGAGUGGUUUCAAAAAUCACUAAGGCGUGAGCGCGGUUACGAGGACUACUAUGUAUGGCACAAUGGCAAGCUGGAUGCGGAUGGCAAACGCAUUCCGCCGAGUAACUGGUUGCAAUCGUUUCGCGGUUCAGCGUGGGAAUGGCGUGAGGAACGCCAGCAAUACUAUCUGCAUCAAUUCGCCGUGCAGCAGGCCGAUCUUAACUAUCGCAAUCCUGCUGUGGUGGAACAAAUGAAACGCAUAAUUCGCUACUGGCUUGACCAAGGCGUGGCUGGUUUUCGCGUCGAUGCAGUGCCAGUGCUUUUCGAAGUGGAACCCGACGAGAAUGGGCAAUAUCCCGACGAGGAGGUGAGUGGCACCACCGAUGAUAAAGACGAUCGCGCUUACCUGAAAAGCGAUCUCGUGGAAAAUCGUCCAGAGACCAUCGAUAUGGUUUAUCAGUGGCGUAAAGUAAUGGAUGACUAUCAGCGCAUCCAUGGUGGUGACACGCGUGUGCUGCUGAUCGAAACGUACGCGCCGGCCGCAUACACGAUGCAAAUGUACGGCAACCGAACAGUCGAGGGCGCGCAUUUGCCGUUCAACUUCAAUUUGAUUACCAUGCUGACACAGGAUGUGAGCGCGUCGUACGUGCAGCAGGCGGUCGAUGAGUGGCUGGAGCAUAUGCCGGCAAAACGUACAGCGAAUUGGGUGAUCGGUAAUCACGAUAAACGUCGCGCCGCUAGCCGCUAUGGAGUGCAACGCACCGAUGCCAUGAAUAUGCUGGUCAUGACUUUGCCCGGAGCAAGUGUCACCUAUCAGGGUGAAGAAUUGGGCAUGAUUGAUGGCGUGAUCUCAUGGGAGGAUACGGUUGACCCCGCUGCUUGCAACUCAAAUGAAGACAUAUAUGAGAACUUUACGCGUGAUCCGUCACGUACGCCAUUCCAAUGGACCGCAGGCACUAACGCUGGUUUCUCCAAUGCAUCAAAGACAUGGCUACCGCUUGCACCAGACUACCAAACGCUCAAUUUUGACGUGGAGAGCUCGAGUGCAAAUUCUCAUCUGAAGAUCUACAAGUCACUGAUCGCUUUGCGAAAACGCUCAAAGACACUACAGAAUGGCUCAUACAAAUAUAAGGCACUCGCAAACAACUUUUUCGCUUUAAAACGCUUCUUAGCCGGCGAGGACACCGUUGUAUACAUCGCUAAUUUUGGCAAUGACACUAGUACUGUGGAUCUGCAGAACGAUUUUGAUACUUUUCUACCCGAUGCUAUGAGCUUGACGAUAAGCAGCCUGUACUCAACGAAAAUCAGCGGCUCCGACAUUAAUAUCAAGAGUUUGUCGUUGGCAGCCGGUGAGGCCUUGAUUUUGAGUGGACGCGCUAAUUGAGUUUGGUAUGUUCAACAGCAGUAUAUAUGCGCCUGCACUAAACAUGUUUUUUUUAUAAAUUAUAAUAAAAGUUUAAAAUGAAACCAAAUUUACGUAAGUGGUUUCAAUUCUUUUAUUCAGAAUAUUAA